AUGCUCCCACCAACCCUCGAAACUCCUCGAGAGGUAAAACAACACUAUGACUUGGUCUACGACCAACUUAUCGCUUCUGGCGAAUACCACCCUUUUCUCUACCCAUGGGCCACUCUCGGCUUCGGUGUGAUCAUCAUCUACCUGUUGCUCGACCAUCGAAAGGCACCAGCACUACGAUCACUUCGUUUCCCGUUGUUCGGCUUUCUUUGUGCUUUCUCAGCAUGGUGUAUCUUGACGAACAAGGCCAGGAGUCCCGCAGCGAGCUAUGGCGUUGGUCUAGUGUCUGCGUGGGGCACUUUAUGGACUGGUGCAAUCAUGUGCUUCAACGAUUGCCAGACGGAUUUCAAACGCAUCGAGCGAGCUCAUGGCAGCGCUUCGAUGAAGUCGACUAACGUGCCCAAUGGUGGUCACGUUCCAAAUGGCCGUGUUAAGGCCGCCGAUCAAAGCCCCAGCACUGGACCAGCGCAUCGUAAAGGCCGCUUGUAUUGGCAACCAUACCCUUCAACGCCAUUCAAGGACCGCCUCGAAUGGGUCAUCGACAUCUUUUGCAACUUCAGAGGCGUAGGAUGGAACUUCGGAACUCACGGAAUCCCACCACCUCCAUCAUGGGCCCAAGCCGAACUCCACGACAACAGCAAAGAGGACAUCUGCAACCCACCCACCGACCCAGCAGACGAAAUCACAACCAGCACCACGGGAAUCCGCCGCUUCACCUCCCGCAGAGCCCUCCUCCAAAACUGCCUGAUCAACCUCACAAUCGGCUUCUUCGCCCUCGACCUCAUCAAGCUCAUCAUGCACCACGACCCUUACUUCUGGGGCUACACGACCACCUCCACCGCACCCCUCUGGCUCCCCCCACCCAUCCGCGCCUCCCGCAUCCUCCUCAAAUCCUACCGCCUCCUCACCUCCCUCGCGGGAGUCUCCCUCGCCCUCAACGAAAUCUUCCGCCUCGGCCCCCUCUUCUUCUGCGCCCUCCUCGGCCCCUCCCGCAUCGGCCUCCGCGGCGCCCCCUGGAUGAACCCCCCCGAUUUCUACGGCGACUUCCGCGCCGUCCUGGACAAAGGGCUCGCGGGCUGGUGGGGCUCCUGGUGGCAUCAGACCUUCCGCUUCGCCUUCGAAGCGCCCGGCUCCGCCCUCCUCGCCCACCUCUCCAUCCCCAAAACUUCUCAAAAGGGAAAACUCCUCUCCCUCUUCAUCGCUUUUGCCCUUUCCGGCUCUCUCCACGCCUGUGGCAGUCACACCCAACUCGGCGCCACCCGGCCCCUCCGCGGCCCCUGUUGCUUCUUCCUCCUGCAACCCCUCGGCAUCCUCGCCCAGACCCUCCUGCUCCCGUACCUCCCGAAGAAACCGCACUUCCUCGUCCGCGUGUAUAAUUUCCUCUUCGUCAUGGUCUGGAUGUACUUCACCGCGCCUCUCCUCGUCGACGACUUCGCCCGGGGCGGCGUCUGGCUGUACGAGCCGCUGGCGUUCAGUCCGCUGCGGGCUCUGGGGCUGGGAGCGCGGGAUGAUGGGUGUUGGGAUUUGUGGUAUGGGUUGGUCUUCUGGAGGCGAGGGGAGGGAUGGUGGGAUACGGGGAUCGCGUUUUGA